CCAUUUUCCCUCGCCCAAAGCUCCAGCUCAUCCCCCAAAAAGCUCCUCUCUCUAUCUCUUUUCCUCCCCCAAAGACGCUCGUCUCCUUUCCUUUUCGUCCGUUUUCUCGUCGCCACUGUGCCCAUAGUCUCAUAAUGCAGGCCAUUCCCAGAACAGCUCUGCGCUCUGCUGCCGUCCGCAGCGUCGCCAGCCGCGCCUACAGCACUGGUGCUUCGUCUCCCUACGCCGCUACCAUUGACAACCUCCGAAUCAACGGCGACACCAAGGUCAUCUUCCAGGGCUUCACUGGCAAGCAGGGAACUUUCCACGCCACCCAGGCCAUCGAAUAUGGCACCAAGGUUGUUGGCGGUACCAACCCCAAGAAGGCCGGCUCUACCCACCUCGACCUCCCCGUCUUCAAGAACGUCUCUGAUGCCGUAAAGGAGACCGGCGCUACUGCCACCGCGCUCUUCGUUCCUCCCCCUCUGGCUGCUGCCGGCAUCGAAGAGGCCCUCGAAGCUGAGAUCCCCCUCGCCGUCUGCAUCACCGAAGGCAUCCCCCAGCACGACAUGGUUCGCAUCACCAACAUGCUCAAGACCCAGUCCAAGACCCGUCUUGUUGGUCCUAACUGCCCUGGCAUUAUCGCCCCCGGCCAGUGCAAGAUCGGCAUCAUGCCCGGCUUCAUCCACAAGCGCGGCCGCAUCGGUAUUGUCUCGCGCUCUGGUACCUUGACCUACGAAGCCGUCAACCAGACCACCCAGGCUGGUCUCGGUCAGUCUCUCGUCGUCGGUAUCGGCGGUGACCCCUUCUCCGGCACCAACUUCAUCGACUGCCUCAACGUCUUCCUCAAGGACGAGGAGACUGACGGUAUCAUCAUGAUUGGUGAGAUUGGUGGCUCUGCCGAAGAGGAGGCUGCCGAGUUCCUCAAGCUCAACAACACCGUCAACGGCGGCAAGCCUGUCGUCUCCUUCAUUGCCGGUAUUUCCGCUCCUCCUGGCCGCCGCAUGGGCCACGCCGGUGCCAUUGUCGCCGGUGGCAAGGGUGGUGCCGACUCCAAGAUUGCCGCCCUCGAGGGUGCUGGCGUCAUUGUUGAGCGCUCUCCCGCUGGUCUCGGCAAGGCUCUCUACAACGAGUUUGUCCGCCGCGACCUUCUGUAAUUUAACCAUCCACGCGCUUUUCUGCCGGAUUCCUUAAUCAUCAUCAUGCCGUCACCGGCACCCCCCGCAAACAUUGUGUGUCAAAAAUAGUGUUUCUUUUUUUUCUAUUUCAGUAUCAAAACACCCUAUUUUAACUUUUAUCGUGUACGAGGAAGACGGGGAGAAGCAAACCAAAGGGGAAGAAGACAAGGGGCAGCUAUAAAAAUUGGGCCAAGAGGGACGACGGUUGAGCAGGAUGGAUGUCUAGCCUUGAGUACUUGAUGUCUGUUUAUUGUAAUGCUCGACGACAGAAUAGGAAAAUAGAAAGACGUGUAUUUGUUCUCUUUGU